AUGAAAUUCGUAAUUUUCACUUUUUGUUUAAUUUUUGCUGUUGUUGUUGCCGAUGUUAAAGAAUUAAAGCAACAAGUUCCAAUCAUUAAUUUAGAAUCAAAUGUAGAACAUAACGGAAAUUUUCAUUACCAAUAUGAAUCUGGUGAUGGUACUAAAGCAAAUCAAGAGGGUCAAUUAAAACAAGUUGAUCCAGAAAAUGCUGGUGAAUCUGUAAGCGGACAAUUUCAAUAUGUUGGUGAUGAUGGCCAAACAUAUAGUGUAUCAUAUACUGCUGAUGAAAAUGGUUAUAUUCCACAAGGUGAUCAUAUUCCAACACCACCACCAGUACCUGAAGCAAUUGCACGUGCAUUAGCAUAUUUGGCUACAGCUAAACCACCACAAGAAAAAUAA